AUGUUUCGACCGUACAUUAUGAUGUCAAAAUCUGUUGUUCAUUCCGAUCAUAAACCAUUGUCUUACAUACUUAAGAAAGCUUCAGCUCAUCCGAACUUAGCACGUUGGGUAAUUGAGCUACAGAACUACAAUGUCACUGUCGAAUUCAUCAAGGGAGAACAAAAUCGUGCAGCUGAUGCUCUAUCCCGAGUCGAUGAAGAUACCGCACCGAAUCUAUCACCUGACAUGGAAGAUAUCGAAUUCCCUCGCUGUUUGUUGAUGGAAGUUAAAUUCCAUCCUAUCUGUGGUGUAACGGCAUCUAAUCAACUUCAUUUACGCAAACCCAAUGACGACAGAUAUCUCAUUGAUAUAACGGAAGAACAAAACAAAGAUGUUGAGCUUUCACUCUUUAUACAAUUCCUACGAUAUGGGAUCCUUCCCAUACUUGAAUCGCCAUCUCCUUUACAGAAAUUCAUUCAAACAGUUAAGUCCUAUUUUAUUGACGAUACCGGAUGUCUGCGUUUUCGCCGCCCUAUACCGACCAAUAAUCAUUCAACCUCGCACAUCCAUAUACGGCACAGCACUCCACUCGUUAUUCCAGCGGCUCUUCGUUCUCUCGUUUUCGCAUGGCAUAAUGCACAUGAAUACAGCAAAGUAGCACAAGCUCGAAUGAAAACACAAUACGAUCGCCAUGCAUUUGAAAGUACCGUUGCUGUCGGUGACGGAGUACUACUUCUGCGUACAGCUCACAAGCUUGGGUACUUCACGCAAGUUUGUCUUACCAUGAACAGGCGUAUAUCGAGUCAUCGAAGUUAG